ACAGUCUGUGAUCGGCCGUUAAUAGUAGUACAACAGUUCGGCAGAGACGUCGUCUGCACCUCACGGUUUGAACUUACCUGUGUGUGUGUUUUUUUCCGUGUGGAAGUCUUUAUUUUAUUCUAAUGGAAUACAUCAGAACAAUAUUCUUCUUUCUCUGCCUGUCUUUGGUAACGGUAGUAGUAUUGUGCGAUGAUGAACCGGAAGCGGAAGCAGACAAACAACAAAACUGCCGGAGGUGUAAAUCCGGAUAUUAUGCUAUCCUAAAAUGUAACGAUAAUCAUGACACUAUAUGUGCCGCUUGUCCGGAAGGUAGUUAUACCUCCGAUCUUAAUCUACAUGAAAAAUGCACCACCUGUUCUACGUGUGGUGACGGUUACUUUGUGAUGACGUCAUGUAGCAGGUACGCUGAUACCGUGUGCGAAUCGUGUUUGUCGGUGAAGGACCCGGCUCUGCCUUCCUACCGGAAGCAAUGUCUCGAAGCCGCCGCGGCCGACCAGAGUUUCAUUCUGCCGGAACCGGACCACGGGGAUACUCUUGUGUUACCGGAUAUGGAGGGGUCAGCGGAUGGGGGCGAUGGAAUUGAUCUAGGUGCGGAGUUUCAAGCAGUGUUAGAUAGUACCGAUGAUAUGUUGAAUGUCACACAUAUCAUAAAAAUCGACGAAAACGAAGGAAGCGGUGAAGAGGUAGAAUUAAAUAUCGGUGAAGAGGAAGAACCAAACGUAGAAAUGGAUUCCACGACUGUUAUUACCACAAAGAAAGAUGAAAAAAGUGAGGAAAUAGAUCGAAAUAUCACUCAUCAGUUUCAAACUACGACCACGAAAAAUGACAAACUACCAGACGAUGGUGGAUCCGAUGACUUCAGUCCGGUGACAACAACGACUUCCACGACAACAGCUGAAUCGACAAAACCAUAUUUUGUUCGAAUUACAGGGACACCGGAUAUCACCACAGUAGGAUCUAUACGUAUUGGUGAAGGUAUCGUUGUACAACCGGAAACGGAAGUCGAGUUAACGUCAACUAAUGGAAUCGAUCCGAACGACAAGAACUAUGUACUAUAUACGGCUGCCCCACGGAACAAACACAACAGAGUCCACCACCACCAUGUUGAUGAUUUCCUGGACAAACCUGUCCCCACGGCGGAACAAAAGGUCGGAGCCCAAAGUUCACCCAAUACAGAAGAUGACAGUAAGGUGACUGUUGGAGUGGUAGUAGCUAUAGCUAUAACAGCCGCCUUUGUUUUCUUCAUCCUCGGAUUCAUCGUCAGCGUUCGUUGCCGCCGGUCGCGAGAGACGUUCAAGGUGAUGAAGAAGGUGGACAAGAACGGGUCUUGGAAUAGUAACUCUGCCGUCCCUAUCGCUAUCGAGUACCGGGACGAGGAACGCGAUGGUAUUUAUGAUGAUAUAGACAAGGACACAACACACAACCCUGGGGAAAGGUCGGUAAAACAAGAGCGCAUAACUCCAAAACAAGUGGAGGACUUAUAUGCCGUUCCAGACAAGAAACGGAAAAGCAAAGACCCAGAGCCUCAAAACGACAAUAUCGACAGAAUAAGGUUCAUUGAUGAGACAACGGAUGAUGAAUUUGGAACUAAAGAUGAGGAGAUCCUCGGUUUGCUCCGGAAGAGCCGUGAAGGGUUGAUCCAUGAACACAAUGAAUCCAUACCUCGUUUAGACGACUCCGACAGCGGCGCCGACGUCGGUCCAUCAGACACGCCACCUGUCGAAGUUAAUCAUCACCAAGGGGAGACAAUGAUGCAAGACCCAAAUGUAAUCAUUGAAGAGGACGAAGAUGAGGAGGAUUCCGAAUCGUCGCCGAUGCUUACAAAUAAUUCCCAAGAGAACAACAUGCCAGAAAAAGAUGAAUGUGAUUCGAAUGAGGAUUGAUGAAGGUGUGUUGGUGUGCAUAAUUUUGAUGACUUAUGAAUUUUGUGUUAACGCGUCAUCAUGUUAUGUGUUUCGCGGAGAAGCUGACAGAUUACCAUAGAAAGCAUUAAACUUCAUAGUGAUGUCAUCGAUUUAUGUAUAAAUUUUCGAUGUCCCUAUCAAGUCAGAUAAUACGUCAAUACAAAAUAUGACUUUCAUUACAAAGUACCACUGAGACAGUGAUUUGACUGUUGGGACAUUUUUUUAAUAAACUAAAAACAGAAACGAACAACGGACAACGAAAAUGAUAAAUGUAUGUGUAAUCGAUAAGUGAUCUAUAACACAGGGGUAAGACACUGAAUGCAGCAAACACAAAGAUUGUAGUUAUAUCGUCUUUUUUCUGUGUAAAUUUUGUCUAGCCCCUGUGUUCCAGUGUUAAUACAAUUGGAUUAUUGUUUGAUAUACAAACUUUCGCAUUAUAAAGUGCUAUUAGGAAAUGUGCCCAUUGAAGUGCUCAAAUCGGACGAAAUAAUGUAUAUAUAACAGGCGGUAUUAGUCACUGGUUGUGAAAAGGUAUAGAACACAGGGAUUUGGCCAAACUUCCUUAUCACACAAGCUGUAUGUGCAUUUCAAGCUACUUACACAUACAUGGGCUGUGAAAUUUGUGUCAAGUCCCUGUGUAUGAGGAUCAGCAAAGUCCACAAUUAAGUGUCUUAUUUAGCAUUUUAAUUUAUUAUUCUAUCGUUUUUAUUGCAUAAUAUGAAACCUAGUGUUGAUAGACUGUCUGCAGUGGUGUAUUAUGCCUGUCAAGUUGUCAACAGGUUUGAAUACAACACGACGUAUAUAUCGUGUCAAAGAGACAGAGAAAAAAUGUCACUUCGUUUGUGGUCAUUGUUAUUUUAGAGACUAUCUUUAGAUUAGAGUUUUUUAAAUUACAAGUUUAUCAUAGCUUAACUCAUUUUCCAAGUUCAUGAAGCGUUAAGUUCCUAUUGUCAUCAGAAAUCAUGUGUUCGAUACAAACGUUUCAUUGACCAUGAACGACGCAUAAAUAGAUCUGAUUUGGACUUCCAUUAUAGGGAAGACUAGGUUGCAGAUGUUGUUAAAAAUUUCAUUAAACAAUCCUAAUUUGUGAACAAGCAGAUCAACAGAGGUCAACCUGAAAUUCUACACUCGGUACAAAGGUCUGACCACGAAGAAAAAUAAAUAAAGAUAAAUUCCGUUGCCACAGAUUUCAAUUAGAUAUUGAUUAGUCAUUUCGCUCUACAACCGUUUAGGACAGUAAGUAUUCUGCUUCAUAAGUAUUUUUUGGUCGCUCUUGAAUGUAUUGUCACCGCUCAAAUCGUAAACACUGAAAUGUGUAAAUAAUGUAUAUAUGUAUAUAUACUAGAACGUUAGUGCAAUAAUGACACUUGCUACAAUAUAAUAAAUAAAAUAUAAUGAAAAGUGGCGUUUUAUUAAAAUUGAAGUGGAAAUGAAUGUGUUUGAUAGAUGUAGUAUGGGAGUUUAAACGAAACAUGGACUCUAAAAGAGUGAGAGACAACCGGAAAAAAUAACCGGAAGUAACGAUAAUAUGAAAUAUAUAAACAUUUCACUCUACCCGCGGAUUGUGUGACGUCACAGUGCGUGAGGCCGCAGUGAUUUGUGGAUUAAACUAACUAGUCAGUUGUUUGUGCGACUCUUUAACUUAUGUUUGAAGGAAUUGCUUGCUUAAUUUAUUGGUUUUGUAUAGAGUUGUGUAUACAGAGCUUUUGUCUAUUAAUGAGGAUUCAUUAUCUCGCUUUGUUGUUUUUGUUGAACUGCCAGAUUUGUUUGAAUCACGUCAGUUAUUGCACGUGUAGUAGACAUUGGAACGAUGUUUGUGACGUCAUCAAACAGAACGCUCUGAAAAGCCAAAGAAUACAUUUAUCUAGACUUUGAUUGAACUACAAAUGUUUAAUUUGAAGUAAACUCUUCUUGCAACCAUGUUACAAUUGUAUGUAAAAAAUGUUAUUGUGACGUCAUUUCCUGCACGGGAUAAGCCCAUGCCUGCUCUCAUUAAUUGCAUUUUUUCGGGCAGUUUGAUUAUGACGUUGCAAUUAAAAGUUGUUUUAAAUUAUGACGCCAUCAUCCGAAAAUUCCGUUGAAAUGCCAUUGACAUGUAAAAUUAAAGUUAACCUCGAAUUCGAGAAUCGAAAUUUCGUGUUCAAAUCCUUUUUUCCGUGAUCGCUUUAACUUUUCGCUCCGGAUACUAUCAAACACAGCUGUGAACUAUAAGAGUUGUCAGCAAUUUUAUCAGCAUGUUUUUAUUAUCAUUAUCAUUAUUAUUCGUAUUCCGAAUCCCCGGGGUCAGACUGAAAAUUAAAACAUGGCGCUAUUAUUGAAUGUGUUUCAGUCCACAGGAUAAAUGUGAUCGUUUUGAGGUUUCCUUCCUUGAAAACUUUUAAUUAGUAAUUAGUUUAUUAUGUUUGAUAUGGAUAUUUCUAAAGUAAAUGAUUCAAUUGUGUCAUAAACUAGGUAACAAAAUGCAAAUCAUUAUUUAAAAAAUGUUUUUGAUGGUUUUUUUUUAUUCCUCCGUUAUUGUGGAACUCUUUUGUAAAGAAACGCAUAUGUAGCAUAUAACCUUAAAUGGUUGUAUUAUUUUGUAUCCUUCAAUUAACAUGUGUCCGCGAUACAAUCGCCGAUCAAUACAAUUGGUGCAUACAUGAACAUUCUAAUUCGUACAAGGUUUUGAACAUGUUUAUGAAAUGUGGAAAAAAUAAAAAGAUCGAAAUUCACAA